AUAAUAUUAUGGAAUUCAUAUUCAAACAAACGCAGCAGUAAAAUGUCCCUGUAGAAUUAAACUGUGGAAAUCCUAGACUGCCAAGAAUUCUGGGAUUGUACUUUAAAAAGGGCUUUUGAAAUAACUGCCAAAAUAACUAUGAUGUCAACUAUUUUUCGCUCAUUUUGCCGUCUGAUUAUAUUACUCAUAUUUGGUUUAUGAUCAUUUUUAUUUGCAUUCUUUUUCUGAGGUACUGUAUGCAUGCUACAGUAUAGCUUUGGCCUGUGAGAACUAAGUAAGGUAACCUUUCUGUAGUCUUUAAGACAGUGGUUCUCAACCUGGGGGUCAGGACACCCGAAGGGGUCCCAAGAUAAUUCUGAAGAGUCACAAUCAAGAUGAGAGAUAAGAAAAUUAAUGUUUCUGUUACAUAGAAUUACUGCAGGUUUAGUUUUUUCUUACUUUUAACAUCUAUACUGUUAUAUGUUCUGUAAUUGAAUAGCUACACGGAGGCCCAGUAUCUCUGAAAACUAAGAAAAGCAUUGUAUCCAAAGACAGCACUAUAACACACUGCACGCACCGUCAUCAUUAGUGUAUCCUUAGCUCAAGCUGUGCAUGUUGAGCACUUCAGCAGACAAGCAUCGAGUCUCGGCUCGCUUAGCUGGCUAGCAUGAAGAGAGAAUCCUUGUGGAAAAGGUUGUUUGUUAGGAUCCCCUGUUCUCACUUACACGUCGUAUGAGACAUUAUGUUACACAAGGAAAACACAACUUAGUGGUAAAAACAUUGUGGAAUACUGGUGAGUUUCCACAGGCUGUAAAACGUACAGGUUAACUAGGCAGCAGUUUGAUCUUGUGGAACCAAACACAGAUGUGCGCUGCAAGCUGCUUCUCAGGGUAAACUGGUCCAUUGCUGUUGGUAUUUAUAUCAAAUAUUUUGCCACAGAGCGCAGCAACAGCAUGUUGAUGAAGGAAAAAGACAGUGGACAGAAGAAGUGCUAUCAGUUCAUAACUUUACCCACUCAGAGACCAAAAUAAUUUGCACACUUACAAUGGCUACUCUUGAAUUGGAGUCCAGUGGGGACGUUUGUGCUUUUUGCCCUCUCUGGUCAGCACAGACUCAGACCAGGUCCCAGACCUAUCACAUGGAGACAGUUGGAACACCGGUUGCCCACAUACCUCCUGUAAAUACAGAAAAGAAUGCCUGAGGGGACCAUUUUCAUUAUACAAAGUUUUAGUUUCCACUAUAAUGUGUCCAGUCAAAUGAAAAUCCAUGGCUUUCAUGCUUAGCCUUUUAAGCCAUGUUUUAAGCUUUGCAAGCAGCAGGGCUCUAGGGGGUUGGCAAUGCCGGCCCAUCUGUUCAUCGGUCGGUCCACCACUUUGGUCGCGACUAAAAUAUCACAGAAUCUGUUGGAUUGCAAUUUUAUACAGACAAGCUCCGGACUCGUCUGUAGCACCACCACAAGGUUGACAUUUAUGUUUCUGAGUAAAAUAAAUACUGGAUAUAUUUACAUUGUGAGAACACUCAAAUGACAUAGCACAAAGUAAACAUAGUGCACAAAAUAGUAAAGAUCCCCAUGUGGAGAUGUCGGCAUGUGGGGCUUCCGUGGGUUUGGUGAAAAGAAAGAAAGAGUAACCACGCUGCAUCUUCAUUCCGAGCCAGACUGCCAGCCCGUCCUCUCGUGACAGACAUCCAGCUGUGCAGAGGAGAGAUGAGUACCAGUGUGCCCUCAGGUCCUCUGAAGGACCAGUCUGCUUUGCAGUUGAGCCUGGUUGGCGAGUGGUGGCUUCAGAGAUUUCCAGAUUCCUACUCUGCCUGGAGCCCAAAUUUCACCCCGUACCCGGGCCAUGAACUGAGUUUGCGGUUAAUCCCAUGGUGGUUUAAUAGUAAAACCAUCAGUUGCGGAGGAAGUAAACAGCUCUGCAGCUGACAGCUAGUAGACACAUAAAGAGAUGCUGUCCAGUCAAAACAACCUGCCGAGACACAAUGAAAAAAUUUUCUACAGGAAAAAACAAACAUCAGAUUGUUUAUUUUUCUACUGAUACUGUGUGAUUUUCACAUUGUCUCUUUCGGCUCACCUCACCUCGCUACCACCAAUAAGAAGACACACAUGGAUCUUUACAUAUACACACUCCACACCCACCUGGCUAUUUCCCUCCCUGCCACACUCCUCGUCCCCUCCCACUGUAUAAAUAUCCUACUCACAGCAUUGCUGGGAUUCAGACACUGACCUGCACUGACCACGGAUACUCAGGUGAGAAGAGACCAGCUAAAGAAAGAAAGGAAAAAGCAAGUGGAGACACUCUACUGAACAGAGGAGUUGCAUCUCUACUAAAACCAGAAGAUCAUCAACUCAGUCUGAUCCUCCAGAAUGUGGCUCCCGGUGUUUCUCCUCUGUCUGUCCUGCUUAACUCUAGCCCAUCGAAGCCAGGCCCAAGACCGAGCCUCCCUCUGCCGCUCCAAUGACCACGCCGGGCGCUGCCACUACACUUUCACCGUGGCCAGUCCAGAGGAGUCCAGCUGCUCCGGAAGCAGCAUGAAACCAGAGAUGGAUGGAGUCUCGUCCCGACUCACCAUGCUGGAGGCUUUAGUCAGCCGUCUGAUAGCGGGAGUGGAUGGAGGCUCCAGGACUCGGACUAACGGUGAAGAGGGUUUCCAGGAAGCCUACUCACAGGUGACAAGGGAAAGAAACCAGCUGCACCAGGACAAGAGGGGUCUGAACGGGCAGGUCCAGGAGCUGCAGAGGAGGCUGGCCGAGCUGAGUCAGGAGGCAGAGAUCCUCAGGCAGAGACCCUGCCAGCAGACAAACACCUCAGGGGGGACUCAGCGUGAAAACAGACCUGCCAGUGUCUCCCCAGACCCUGCAUAUAAUUUUGGGAAUGGUGCAUACCAGGAGAUGAAGGCUGAGGUUACAGAGGUUCCAGCAUCUCGCCUCAUUCCUGAGGGAAAUCACAACUUCACAGGCUGUGGAGAGCUGCAGUCAGUGGGAGAUCCUGUGUUGCACAGGAAGGCUGACAGUAUUACAGGGAAGUAUGGAGUGUGGCUGCAGGAUCCCGAGCCUCAGGGCCCUCUUUACACCAACAAGACUGUGUGGCGCAUCGACACAGUUGAAGAUGUCCGUCAGCUCUUUGCGUAUGAAGACAUGGAUCAAUUAUCCCAAGGCUUCCCUAUGAAGGUUCUGGUACUGCCGGAGCCUAUGGAGAGCACAGGGGCCACCAUGUACCGCGGCUCCCUUUACUACCAGCUCAAACGCAGCCGCACCCUGAUCCGUUACGACCUGACCUCUGAGAGCCUGGCAUCACGGCGGGAGCUGCCUCACGCGGGCUUCCAUGGCCAGCACCCUUACUCCUGGGGCGGCUACACUGACAUCGACCUGGCGGCGGACGAACAGGGCAUGUGGGCUAUCUACAGCACAAGUAAGGCAAAGGGUGCAAUUGUGGUUUCCCAGCUGGAUCCCAAGAGCCUGGAUGUGAAGAGGAGCUGGGAGACCAACAUCAGGAAGAACACAGUGGCCAAUGCUUUCAUGGUGUGUGGACGUCUGUACACGGUGGCCAGCUACACUGCGCCCAACACCACCAUCAACUACGUGUUUGACACCGCCACCAGCGUGGGGCGGGCUCUUGCGCUGCCCUUCAAGAACAAGUACCGUUACAACAGCAUGGUGGACUACAACCACGUCCAGAGGAAGCUGUACGCUUGGGACAACUUCCACAUGGUCACCUAUGACAUCAGACUGGGCAGGGCCAGCCAUGGCAGCAGCUAAAGAGGACACAGACGGAGAGAAACUGCUGUUAACAGGACUGAAGAGCAAGGGAAUGAGAUAAAACAUAUUAUCAUUUGCAUUGUACUGGGGUUAUUGCAAAGCGUGGUAGUCUAUGUGUUUUGCAUUAUUAAAAUCUAUUUUUUCUAUUACUAUUGUAAAUAAGAUAAUGAAACAGAAAUGUAAUCGUAAAGCAGAUUAAUGUAGCUGGAGCCCUUGAUAAUCUCAGUGGUUAUUACAAACAGUAAUCAUGGUUUAAAAUUGUGAAAUAUUUUAGCUUUUUAUAAAUGUUGACAUAUUUAAGUCUCGAUAAAAAAUAAAACAAUUACACGCUUGCUUGUUUGUGUCAUACUUUGCCAUUUAAUUGCAAAAAUAUUCAUAGCCACACUACUCAUUACCCGGAGAGGUUGGAAGGAGAUAUAUGUACGUUUCUAAAUCGUUACAUUUCUACAUAAAAUCAGAGACAGUUGAGACUGUAGAACAUCUUUAGUAAAAAAAACCUGAAGCAGCUACAUCACUAUGCACAAGCCCCCAUG